AUGCCCGAAUAUGAUCCAAUAUGUUCAAGUAUCUUAAUAGAAUCGGAAUGGAUCGAAUCAUUAUUUCAAGCGAAUAAUAGAACUCGUUAUUAUCAUCCUCUUGAUUUUCGAUUGGUAGCUUCAUCACAAUUUGAAUUUCUCGCAUUAUUGUGUCACACAGCAUCGAGUUUCAUCAAUGAUCAACUAUAUGGUGAAUUUGCGUCGAUGUUAAUGGUUCCUCCACAGUUAUCAACACGUCUUGUAUUCGAAGUUGAAGUAUCCGAUAUUGUUCAACAAUUUCAAAUUAAUACAGUCACAUCUUUAUUGCGCACUAAUCGACUACUAUACACAAUGCUGGAACAGAACUUGAUUAUGUCAGCGUUGGGAACCAACUUUUUUACAACAAUGAUGCCAGGCUCUCCUAUUUUUAAUACUUAUUGGAGCAUAUAUCUGACGGAUAUUACGACAAAUGAAACCGAUCCAUUUAGCGCAUCAGUUCCUUCUUGUGAAUGUAUCACAACAUUUGAAUGCACAUUUCCUGCUGGUAUAUAUAAUGAAGAACCACGGAACGGUCUCGGUGGCUUGAUUUUACCUCAACUUCCACCACUCUCAAUCGAUCAUGUCUUAAUAUGCUCGGUCAACCUUUCAAUGAAACUAUUCCACUAA